CAUGAAAGUUUAUUUCCCUAAAAAUAAAAAUAAAAACCCAUUUAUCUUCUCCAUAAACCGGUCCUCUCCCUCUCCCCCUCUCUCUCUUUGUUCUUCUCGCCGGAUAACCUCUCUCUCGACAGAAUCUCUGCCGGAUCUCGCCGUCAAAUCGCGCUCUCUCUCUCUCUCCCUCUCUCUGGCCGGCCGACCGUCCUUCUCUCGACGGAUUUUCUGCUGGAUCUCGUCGGAAAAUAUCUCUCUUCGGAAUCCCUCUCUCGCCAGAAAAAUCUCUCUCUGCCGGAUCUCGACGGAAACGCUUUCUCUCGCCGGAAUAUCGCCGAAAAAUCUCUCUCUCGCCGGAUUUCGCCAGAGUUGGAUUAUAAGGAGGAUAAUGAGCUACUAUACGAGAUGAUAGAUGGGAAUGCUUGAAUGAGAGUCGUGGCCAAGGCAAUAAAUCCAGCCGACCCGGGGAUUGCAGCACAUGUGCAUCAUCGACCACAGCCAGAGUGUUCUCACUUUUUUUUUUGUCAUACUGCUUGAUUUGGACCGUCCGAUUGAUCCUACGCUAAACAUUAAAGGGACGGCAUAGUACAAUAGAAAAAAAGUAGAGAGCAGCGCGUAGAGGCUACAGUCGCCUCUCUCUGCCGCCCGAUUCCUCCCAAGGUGACGAUCUCUGUCCAAACUUGACAACCAUCGUCUCUAGCUCCAAUUGACACGAAACGUUGCAGCUUUUGCAGAUCUCUUAGAUUUUUGUUUGGCUUCUGAGAAAUUGAGGAAAAUUCCAAGAAUUUGCAAACCUCGUUUGGUAUCUUUGUCAAGCAGAAGAUGGACAUAAUAUCGCAACUACAAGAGCAAGCGAACACAAUCGCAGCUCUGGCUUUCAACACCUUUGGAACACUCCAGAGGGACGCUGCGCCGGUGCGACUCUCUCCAAACUACCCGGAGCCACCACCAAUUACCGCCGAGGAUGCCGCCGUGAACGUCUCCGAACAGCCUAAGCCCCUCAGCGCUGCUCUCAUCAAGGCGGCUAAACAGUUUGAUGCGCUGGUUACAGCACUGCCAUUGUCUGAGGGAGGUGAAGAGGCGCAACUGAAAAGGAUUGCGGAACUGCAGGCAGAGAACGACGCCGUUGGCCAAGAGCUUCAGAGACAACUGGAGGCAGCAGAGAUGGAACUAAAACAGGUCCAGGAGUUGUUCGGCCAAGCGACGGAUAAUUGCUUGAAUUUGAAGAAACCAGAUUGAAGAAGAGAAGAACAUCAUCGUCGUUUAGUUUUCUCUUUUCCUGUUGUUUACACUCUUUGCUACCUUUUAAUAUCAAUUCAGUCAUCUUUUCCAUGCAAAGGCUUGUAAUGUAGUGCCUUCCAUUCUGUAGUCUUCAGUUUCAAACUCCAAAACGAUGGUCAGUGACUCAGUUAAACAUUUUUCCUCUUGGGCA